AUGCACAUUUCGCGCUUGUCCCGCGUCUUACCCCUCAAUCGCCCUCGCCUUCUCUCGCCCCGCCUCCAUUUCUCAUCCCACUCCCUAACUCGAGCAUCCAUGGAUGACAACAUCAAGCAGCAUUAUUUGGCCGACUCGCCGCCGACGGUGGUCAGGCUGGAAAUCAAGUCUCACUUUGAUAACCUCAAAGAUGCCAGUCUGAGGAAAUAUGCGCAUUUCAUGAGCAGGUAUGUUGUUUCUCCCAUGGCUUCAUGGACGAGGGAGGAUGCCCACGGAUCUUCCCCAGUCGUGAUCAUGCGCUCACCAUCGGUCUCGGAAUAUGAUAGAGCCGCUUUCGAGGGCACUCGUGUGACAUUGCGCCAGAUCUCGCCCGAGUCCGAACCCAUCUACGACCUCAUCCUUGCGCUCUACCGUGCCUGCAAUGGCGACUGGGGCAGCCUCGCCCAGAAAACCCAGGUCAGCGACGAACAUGUUCGUUUCUUCCUCGAAUAUGCUGCCCAGUUCCUGGGGAACUGCGGUAACUACAAGGGCUUUGGUGACUCCAAGUUCAUCCCUCGAUUGCCUGCCUCGGCGUUGGAGGCUUUAGCAUCGGCCACGCCAGAGACCAAGGCCGCAUUCCAGAAAGCAAAUAGCACCGGCGGCGGCAUCUACGAGACCAGCGAGCAAUCCUUGAUGCACCUCGGAUACCCGAAGAGUGGCCACAUGACCACCUACUAUCCCGACUCGCCCUCGAUCUCGAAGGAGGAGAUCACGGCUGUUGGAGAUCUGAUGGAGAAGAAGGGACUGGCAUUGGAGAAUACGAGACUGCGAAAGACCUCCUCAGGUGACUUUGAGCUUCUGAUCGCAUCGGGGGUUUCAUCGCCUCCUGUGAAGGACCGCGAUCUGGGCGAGGUGGGCACCUUUGAGCUGGACGGGGCAUUGAAAGGGAAGAACCUGCGCCUGGUCUUCGGGGACUAUCAGGAAGAGAUGGCGAAGAUUGCCCACAGCCUCAAGCAGGCGGGUUUGAAUGCGGCCAACGACAACCAAAAGCGCAUGCUCGAUGCCUAUGCUCUCUCGUUCGGGGCUGGCUCCAUCGAAGCGUUCAAGGAGAGCCAGCGCAUCUGGGUCAAGGACCAGAAGCCUGUGCUGGAGACAAAUCUGGGAUUUGUUGAGACUUACCGAGACCCUCACGGUGUGAGAGGAGAAUGGGAAGGCUUUGUUGCUCUGGUCAACCUGGAACGUACCCGAGCCUUCGGGACGCUGGUGGACAGUGCUGAAAGCAUGAUUCCAAAGCUACCUUGGGGUGAGGAUUUUGAGAAAGACAAGUUCCUCAGCCCGGAUUUCACCUCACUGGAGGUUUUGAGCUUUGCAUGCUCGGGUCUUCCGGCCGGUAUCAACCUCCCCAACUACGAUGACAUCCGCCAGAACCUCGGCUUCAAGAAUGUGUCUCUGGGUAAUGUCUUGAGUGCCAAGGCACCCAAUGAGCCAAUCCCCUUCAUCGCAUCUCAGGACCAAGAGGUCUACCGCCGGUGUCGCGACCCGGCAUUUGAAGUGCAAGUUGGCAUUCAUGAACUGCUGGGCCAUGGAACUGGUAAGCUGCUACAAGAGACAGCGCCAGGCGAGUACAACUUCGACAUUGCCAGCCCUCCAAUUAGCCCGGUCACGAACAAACCCGUGUCCACCUGGUAUAAGCCCGGGCAGACGUGGAGCUCGGUAUUUGGGGCCAUUGCCUCAUCGUACGAAGAGUGCCGCGCCGAGUGUGUUGCCAUGGUGCUGGGCUGUGAUUUCAGCAUCUUGAAAAUCUUCGGGUUUGGGGACGGGACCGAAGACAUGGCCGGUGAGGCAGGGGACGUUCUCUUUGCCGCAUACCUGCAAAUGGCUCGGGCUGGUCUCGUGGCCUUGGAGUUCUGGGAUCCCAAGACACACAAAUGGGGUCAGGCUCACAUGCAGGCCCGGUACAGUAUCUUGCGCACUUUCCUCGAUGCUGGCGAUGAUUUCGUCAAGCUGUCUUACAGCAAGGAGGACCUCUCUGAUCUCGAGAUUCGCCUGGACCGGUCUAAGAUCCUGACCCAUGGACGUCCUGCCGUGGAGAAGUACCUGCAAAAACUGCACGUCUACAAGAGUACGGCAGAUGUCAAGGCUGGUCAGGGUUUGUAUGAUGAGAUCACCUCGGUGGACAACUGGUGGGGCACCAAGGUGCGCGAGGUGGUCCUGAAGAACAAGGUUCCCCGCAAGAUCUUUGUGCAGGCCAACACCGUCCUCGAGGGAGAUCGGGUCACUCUGAAGGAAUAUGAACCGACUCUGGAGGGUCUGAUCCAAAGCUUUGCAGAGCGCCAUGUCUAA